AUGUCCGCUGGCCUGCUGAAGCCCGAGAAGGACUUCACCAAGGACGCCGACAAGCUGAUCCCGGAAGCUGAGGCCCUUGCCAAGACCGAUGUCCAAGGUGCGAUCGACAAGUUGUUGGUGCUGGAGAAGCAAGCCCGACAGGCUUCCGACCUCGCUACGACCUCCCGCCUCCUGAUCACCAUCGUCACCAUUAGCAAGAACUCCGGCGACUGGAGCCUUCUCAACGACCAAGUGCUCGUCCUUUCUAAGAAACAUGCCCAGCUCAAGCAGGCGACGACGCGAAUGGUGCAGGAAGUGAUGAAGUUCUUGGAUGAUACGCCAAACCUUGAUGUCAAGCUCUCGGUCAUUGAGACUCUACGAACAGUCACCGAAGGCAAGAUUUUCGUCGAAGUUGAGCGAGCCCGCGUUACACGUAUCCUGUCGAACAUUAAGAAGUCGCAAGGCGAUCUCAAUGCCGCGGCCGACAUUCUGUGCGAGUUGCAGGUGGAGACAUUCGGAUCUAUGACCCGAAGGGAAAAGACCGAGUUCAUCCUGGAGCAGGUUGCGCUAUGCAUCGAGCGUGGAGAUUGGACACAGGCCUCGAUCCUCAUCCGUAAGAUCAACAAGCGGUACUUCGCCCGGAAACCCAAGAAGAGUGCCGAGGAGAUUGAGAAGCUCAAGAAGCAGGCGGAGGAGCGUGAGAAGACCCGUGGGCCGGAUGAGGCUCCGAUGGAGGUGGACGACGAUGUGACCGAUCUCAAGCUGCGGUACUACGACCAGCAGAUUGCUCUGGCCAACCACGAUUACAAGUACCUUGAUGUCUGCAAGAACUACCGAGAGGUUCUGGACACCGAGGCAGUCGAGAAAAGCCCAGCACAGCUGCGUGCGUCCCUCGCGCGCAUCGUCUAUUAUAUUGUCCUCUCUCCCUAUGACAACGAACAGUCAGACCUCUUGCACCGCAUCCAACAAGACCCCCGGUUGUCCCAGGUGCCCGUGGAGGCCCGUCUGGUCAAGCUCUUCACUAUCCCCGAGUUGAUGCGCUGGCCGAUGGUCGCCGAGCAGUUCGGCCCUCACCUCUGCGAGACCGACGUGUUCGAUGCUCAGGCGCAGCAGUCGGCUGAUAACCAGGCUCACCGCAGAUGGCAAGAUCUUCGGAAGCGGGUCAUUGAGCACAACGUGCGUGUGGUGGCCAAGUACUACACUCGCAUUCAGAUGCCCCGCUUGACCCAGCUUCUGGAUCUGACCGAGGAGGAGACCGAGAAGUACAUUAGCGAGCUGGUCACGUCGAAGACCAUCUAUGCCAAGAUUGACCGACCCGCGCGGCUAGUCAACUUUGCUAAGCCUCGGGAUGCGGAUGACGUUCUCAACGAGUGGAGCAGUGAUAUGAAGAGCUUGUUGGGUCUGUUGGAGCGGAUUGAUCAUCUGAUCACCAAGGAGGAGAUGAUGGCUCGUAUCCUGCCGUCUCGUGGGGAGAAGGCCAAGGCUCGUUGA